AUGAAUCUGUCUAUGCCGGCGACAAAAACACAUGGCGUGAAACAAUAUAGAGUUGGUUAUAAUGGAGGAAGAGUAGUUGCAGGUGCCAAUGGAAAAGGAAAUCGUCUCGAUCAACUCGAUCAUCCCCACUGUGUAUUUGUCGAUCACGAUCAUUCAGUGUGUGUGUCUGAUAAAAAUAAGCAUCGUGUAAUGGUUUGGGAAGACAAUGCAAAACAAGGUACUGCCUUCACUGUAGUAGUCGAUCGAUUGGGCACUAUUUAUGUAGCUGAUGCAAAGAAUCUUCGAAUCAUGCGUUGGCCAAAAGAAUCCACACAGCGAAAUAUCAUUGCUGGUGGAAAUGGUGAUGGAGGGCAGUCGAAGCAAUUGUAUGUUCCGUGGGGCUUAUCAUUCGAUUGUCAGAGGAAUGUCUAUGUUGACGAAUUUUGCAAUGAGGGCGUGAGAAUGUAG